AUGAAUAGAAAAAGAAGAACAACAAAUCAGAGGAAGGUUGGAGACAGAGGACAAUGGGCCAGUAAAAGAGAAUAUAUAUUGGUUGUUGCAGGAAGUGUGGUCGGCCUGGGCAAUGUGUGGAGAUUUCCUUAUCUCUGCUACAAGAAUGGUGGAGGUGCCUUCCUGGUUCCAUAUGGUCUGUUGGCUGUGGUGUGUGGGAUACCUCUGUUCUUGCUAGAGACCUCACUUGGUCAGUACACCCAGGAAGGUUUCAUCACAUCUUGGAGAAAACUAUGUCCGCUGGCACAAGGAAUUGGAGUUGGACAGCUGAUUAUUUCACUCUGUUUCUUCAUCUACAUUUUAAUUGAAGCCUGGGCCCUCUUCUACUUGGUGUUCUCAUUCAGAUCCCAGCUGCCCUGGGCCAGCUGUGACAACACCUGGAAUACAGCUAACUGUCUUAAUCUUCAGGCUUCCAAUACAUCUCAUGUGACAGCAAAUCAGACCAACUCUGCUGCAACUGAGUUCUGGGAACGUCGGAUGCUGGCCAUGUCUGGAGGCAUUGAGGAGCUGGGCAGUGUGAGAUGGGAUCUGGCCUUGUGUCUUCUGGUCAGCUGGGUGUUCUGCUACUUCAGCAUCUGGAAAGGUGUCCGAUCCUCUGGAAAGGUAGCAUAUUUCACAGCCACAUUUCCCUAUGUGAUGAUCCUGAUACUGCUCAUCAGGGGAUUGACUCUACCUGGAGCUUGGCAAGGGGUUUACUACUACCUGUAUCCAGAUUUGAAACACCUGGCUAAGCUGGAGGUCUGGAUAGAGGCAGGAUCUCAAAUAUAUUUCUCCUACAGCCUGACUGCUGGAACUCUCAACGUUCUGGGCAGCUAUAAUGACUACAACAACAACUGUUACAAGGACUGCUUUUGGCUCUGUCUGCUGAACAGUGGGACCAGUUUUGUUGCUGGAUUUGCCGUUUUCUCCGUACUUGGGUUUAUGGCUCAGAAACAGGGUGUUACUGUCGACACCGUAGUUCAAUCAGGACCAAGUCUGGCCUUCAUCGCUUAUCCUCAGGCAACUGCUAUGAUGCCUUUGCCCCAGUUCUGGACUGUCUGCUUCUUCCUGAUGCUCGUUCUGCUGACAGUUGACACACAUUUUGUCAUAGUGGAGAGUGUUAUCACCACAGUGAGUGACUUGUUUCCAAAGCUGUUUCGAGCGCCUGUGAGACAUGAGAUCUUUGUCCUCCUCAUCUGUUUGUCCUCCUUCCUCAUACAUUUGACCUUGGUCACUGAGGGUGGAAUUUAUGUCUUCCAACUCAUUGAUUUCUAUGGCUCUACCAGAGUCUGUCAGAAUUUUAUGGCCAUAUGUCAAUGUCUGGCAGUGGGCUGGAUAUUUGGUGCUGACCGCUUUCGUGACGUCAUUGAGGACAUGACAGGACAGAGACCAUCUGCUUUCUUCAAACUGUGCUGGAGAUACAUCAUUCCUCUGCUGUCACUGAUUUCCUUCAUCUUGUAUCUGGUUGAGUAUAAACAGCUCCGAGUUAAUGACUGGUAUGUUUACCCUGACUGGGCGUACGCACUAGGAUGGACCAUGACGCUCUCCUCUGUUCUCAUGGUGCCACUGUGGGCAGCUGGACAGAUGUGUUUGACAGCAGGAACCUUCAGGCAGGUCAGUGUUUUACAAUAAGUCAUAAACCAGGAGACUGACA